UACACCGCACGCGGCCCAGGGAUACCCGCAGACAUGUCUGUACAGGGAGGCUCGUGGCUGCUUCUGACGGGCCUGGCGUUGUUCUUCUCCUACUCUGCAGCCGUGUGCCCACUACCAAACUACACACCGACCAGCAUCGACGGGUACUGCUACCGGGAGAAAGUGGGGAUGUUUGACUUCCAUGCGGCCGAGCACAUUUGUGAAGAGGACGGUGCUCUCCUCAUAACGGAUAAAAACAUAUACAGACAUAUGUGGCUCCAGUUGAAAGACUUCGCUCAGGGAUUCUGGCUCGGAUUGGAGGACGAAGAGGUUCCAGGAGAGUACUACUGGAGUGACAAUGAAACUUUGUCCGAGCCGACAUUUUGGGAACCUACAAUUCCCGACGACCCCUCAAAGCACUGCGUCAUCUCUGUUCGAAAUGGGACCGGAGGAGUCACCGCACAGUCGAACUGGGUGCCUGCGGACUGCCACAGCUACUACACCAACGUCGUCUGUGAAGUUGAUAACGAUGAAUGUGCAUCGAACACAGAGAACGCCUGCAACGAACCCAACAUGCACUGCGUGAACACCAUCGGCUGGUACGAGUGUGAGUGCGAUGCAGGGUACCACUGGGAGGGCAACAUAUGUGCCGAGGAGCACAUCGGCCCGACUGAAGCCCCGAUACACGAUGAAUGCCCCGUGGGCUGGGACGACACCUUCACGGGCAUGUGCAUCAAGGCGUUUACCGUAAAGUCCAACUGGCCCAUGGCGCAUUUUACGUGCGGCACGUCGGAGAGGGGGCGGCUGGUGACCAUCGAAGACCAGGAAAAGUUAGAUUUCAUGAAAACUUACGCCGAUGCUCCUAACUACUAUUGGAUCGGAUUGAACGAUGUGAUGGAGGAGGGAACACUUGUGUGGACAGACGGGGACGACCUGGACCCUGCCGAGUUUACCCCCGCCGUCCCGUGGUCUUCAGACCCCAAUUACCAGAACACAGACGCCAUUGACUGCGUCUGCUUCGCCAAAGGCAUACUCAAUGGCGUGUACAACACGUGGGCUUUCGAGUCAUGUUUAACGAAGAAAAAAUUCAUCUGCGAGAUCGAUCUGGACGAGUGCAGUGCUAAGCCAUGUCUCAACAACGGCACUUGUUACGAGGAGCACCCUGUAGGGUUCGGCUGCACAUGCGAACCAGGCUACGAAGGAGAUAUCUGCGAGAUAGAUGUAGACGAAUGCGCUAACGUGACCUGUGAGAACGGCGGAACCUGCGUCGACGGCAUCAACGAAUACUCCUGCGAUUGUCCUAUUGGCAUUGAAGGCACUCACUGCGAAAUAAAUAUAGACGAUUGUCCUGGCGUGACCUGUCAGAACGGCGGAACCUGCGUCGAUGGCAUCAACGACUACUCCUGCGACUGUGUUGAUGGCUAUGAAGGCGAGCACUGUGAAACAGAGACAGACGAGUGUGAUCCCGAUCCGUGCCAGAACGGCGGAACCUGUACGGACUCACUUAAUGCCUUCGACUGCUCGUGCACGCCUGGAUGGGAGGGGGAUACAUGUGAAACAAAUACGGACGACUGCGUUGGAGUGAAUUGUCAAAAUGGCGGAACCUGCGUCGACGAAGUGGACGGUUACUCCUGCACUUGUGCUCCUGGCUAUGAAGGUGAUCACUGUGAAACAGAUACGGAUGACUGCGUUGGAGUGACUUGUCAAAAUGGCGGGACCUGCGUCGACGAAGUUGACGGUUACUCCUGCACUUGUGCUCCUGGCUAUGAAGGCGAUCACUGUGAAACAGAUACGGAUGACUGCGUUGGAGUGAAUUGUCAAAAUGGCGGGACCUGCGUCGACGAAGUUGACGGUUACUCCUGCACUUGUGCUCCUGGCUAUGAAGGCGAUCACUGUGAAACAGAUACGGACGACUGCGUUGGAGUGGAUUGUCAAAAUGGCGGGACCUGCGUCGACGAAGUUGACGGUUACUCCUGCACUUGUGUUCCUGGCUAUGAAGGCGAUCACUGUGAAACAGAUACGGAUGACUGCGUUGGAGUGACUUGUCCAAAUGGCGGGACCUGCGUCGACGAAGUGGACGGUUACUCCUGCACUUGUGCUCCUGGCUAUGAAGGCGAUCACUGUGAAACAGAUACGGAUGACUGCGUUGGAGUGACUUGUCAAAAUGGCGGGACCUGCGUCGACGAAGUGGACGGUUACUCCUGCACUUGUGCUCCUGGCUAUGAAGGCGAUCACUGUGAAACAGAUACGGAUGACUGCGUUGGAGUGAAUUGUCAAAAUGGCGGGACCUGCGUCGACGAAGUUGACGGUUACUCCUGCACUUGUGCUCCUGGCUAUGAAGGCGAUCACUGUGAAACAGAUACGGACGACUGCGUUGGAGUGGAUUGUCAAAAUGGCGGGACCUGCGUCGACGAAGUUGACGGUUACUCCUGCACUUGUGUUCCUGGCUAUGAAGGCGAUCACUGUGAAACAGAUACGGAUGACUGCGUUGGAGUGACUUGUCAAAAUGGCGGGACCUGCGUCGACGAAGUGGACGGUUACUCCUGCACUUGUGCUCCUGGCUAUGAAGGCGAUCACUGUGAAACAGAUACGGAUGACUGCGUUGGAGUGAAUUGUCAAAAUGGCGGGACCUGCGUCGACGAUGUUAACGGUUACUCCUGCACAUGUGCUCCUGGCUAUCAAGGCGAUCACUGUGAAACAGAUACGGAUGACUGCCUUGGAGUGAAUUGUCAAAAUGGCGGGACCUGCGUCGACGAAGUUGACGGUUACUCCUGCACUUGUGCUCCUGGCUAUGAAGGCGAUCACUGUGAAACAGAUACGGACGACUGCGUUGGAGUGGAUUGUCAAAAUGGCGGAACCUGCGUCGACGAAGUGGACGGUUACUCCUGCACUUGUGCUCCUGGCUAUGAAGGCGAUCACUGUGAAACAGAUACGGAUGACUGCGUUGGAGUGACUUGUCAAAAUGGCGGGACCUGCGUCGACGAAGUUGACGGUUACUCCUGCACUUGUGCUCCUGGCUAUGAAGGCGAUCACUGUGAAACAGAUACGGAUGACUGCGUUGGAGUGACUUGUCAAAAUGGCGGAACCUGCGUCGACGAAGUUGACGGUUACUCCUGCACUUGUGUUCCUGGCUAUGAAGGCGAUCACUGUGAAACAGAUACGGAUGACUGCGUUGGAGUGACUUGUCAAAAUGGGGGAACCUGCGUCGACGAAGUUGACGGUUACUCCUGCACUUGUGCUCCUGGCUAUGAAGGCGAUCACUGUGAAACAGAUACGGACGACUGCGUUGGAGUGAAUUGUCAAAAUGGCGGGACCUGCGUCGACGAAGUUGACGGUUACUCCUGCACUUGUGCUCCUGGCUAUGAAGGCGAUCACUGUGAAACAGAUACGGAUGACUGCGUUGGAGUGAAUUGUCAAAAUGGCGGGACCUGCGUCGACGAAGUUGACGGUUACUCCUGCACUUGUGCUCCUGGCUAUGAAGGCGAUCACUGUGAAACAGAUACGGACGACUGCGUAGGAGUGGAUUGUCAAAAUGGCGGGACCUGCUUCGACGAAGUUGACGGUUACUCCUGCACUUGUGCUCCUGGCUAUGAAGGCGAUCACUGUGAAACAGAUACGGAUGGCUGCGUUGGAGUGGAUUGUCAAAAUGGCGGGACCUGCGUUGACGAAGUUGACGGUUACUCCUGCACUUGUGAUCCUGGCUAUGAAGGCGAUCACUGUGAAACAGAUAGGGAGGACUGCGUUGGAGUGGAUUGUCAAAAUGGCGGGACCUGCGUCGACGAAGUUGACGGUUACUCCUGCACUUGUGCUCCUGGCUAUGAAGGCGAUCACUGUGAAACAGAUACGGACGACUGCGUUGGAGUGAAUUGUCAAAAUGGCGGAACCUGCGUCGACGAAGUUGACGGUUACUCCUGCACUUGUGCACCUGGCUAUGAAGGCGAUCAUUGUGAAACAGACACGGACGAAUGUAGCUCCGAGCCCUGUCUAAACGGUGGAACUUGCGAGGAUGACAUCAGUGGCUACACCUGCACGUGUGCUCUUAACUAUGAAGGAGAUCAUUGUGAAACCGGUUGUGAGGCCGGUUACUGGUUAUACAACGGCAGAUGCUACUGGUUCUCUGACUUCUGGCGCGAAUACAGCGACGCGGAGGACGCAUGCGCCACAAGAGGUUCCCUUCUGGCGACGGUGAAGGAUGCCGGGACGCACGGCUUCCUUUCAACGCAGAUCCAAGCCACCCAAGAUGGAAGGAGCCACUGGAUCGGGCUGACUGACCGAGUAACGGACGGGGAGUACGUCUGGAGUGACGGGACCUCGCUCGGGUCUUACCAACCCUGGAGGACAGGGGAGUUCGGGUUCGGCGACCACACCCGGAAAGGUUGCGUCAUGCUGUGGCACACCAGGAACUUCAGCUGGGCCACCACGCAGUGUGAGCAUAGGUGGAACCUCUACUUCAUCUGCGAGAAGGCUGCUGUGACAACGACUCCAUAGCCAUCGCGGCUUCGACAGAACUAAACGUUACCAUGACAACUGACUUGGAUCUGACGGUUUUUUUCGACUAAAGAACCCAAGGUUUAACUGAGAACAAAGAUGCCCAAUAUCAACUCUGUUCAUAUUUAUAGAUAGAUCUUAACAGUCUUAUUGCUCAUAAACGCUAAUGUAUACUAUUAGAUAUUUCUCUAAAUGCCACAGUUGCUGCUUUGAUUGUUUGCCCUUGUGUCACACAUACCAGCACCUGCAAUGCGUCAUAUUUUUUCAACAUCUGUAGUGGCAAGACCAUUCUUAAGAGGACGAUUGAUUAAAAAGAAAAUAACUCCCAACCACGGGAACUUUGAACGUACUAUGGUCCCAACUAUGGUUAACUAUGGUCCCAACUAUGGUCCCAACUAUGGUCCCAACUAUGGUCCCAACUAUGGUCCCAACUAUGGUCCCAACUAUGGUUCCAACUAUGGUCCCAACUAUGGUCCCGACUGUGAUCCUAACUAUGGUC